AUGUCCCAUGCUGGGCCCAACAGCCAGCAGCCCCGCCCCCCAGGUGGCAGCACAAUGCCGGCCCCCAGCAGCAUGGGGCUUUCGGCAGCACCCCCAGGUUUGGGGAGAGGAGAUGAUGUUGCAGAUCUGUGCUCCAGCUUUGGGGCUCUCAGCAUCACGGCAGGAACGAGCAGGACCCCAAGUGGCCCGCAGGGCUCCAGGGCAAGCCAGGGCCCAAACACGGGGGGCCGCCCAUGCCAGAGCACCCUGUCGGGGACCGCUGGAGCCAGCACGACGAACCACCCUGUAUCGGGAGCCCCGAGUGCCCCUCCCUCCAGUCACAUCCCCAGGCAUGUGACCAAGCAGAGGUCCAGCUCAGAUGGCUGCAGCACUGCCAGCAAGGCCGUCUGCGGGGGCGGGGGCGUCCUGGCCUCUCCUCCUAGUGGCCCCGCCACCCUGGUCAGCAAGUCCCAGAGCAGCCUUGCCACCAAGACCCCCUCAUCCCCCGCCCAGCAGUUGAUUAGGCGCAAAAGAGCUGCACCGUGCAACAAGCCAUUUUCCUCCACAUCACAGCCCACUGCCGCUGUCCCUGGCUUGGCAGCUGCCCCGCAGGUGCCUGGCGCCAUGUCCCAUGCUGGGCCCAACAGCCAGCAGCCCCGCCCCCCAGGUGGCAGCACAAUGCCGGCCCCCAGCAGCAUGGGGCUUUCGGCAGCACCCCCAGGUUUGGGGAGAGGAGAUGAUGUUGCAGAUCUGUGCUCCAGCUUUGGGGCUCUCAGCAUCACGGCAGGAACGAGCAGGACCCCAAGUGGCCCGCAGGGCUCCAGGGCAAGCCAGGGCCCAAACACGGGGGGCCGCCCAUGCCAGAGCACCCUGUCGGGGACCGCUGGAGCCAGCACGACGAACCACCCU